UGUUGUUAAGUGCUUUGAUUGCCAGUGAGACAAAGGAAAACCUCUACCUGUGGAGUUUGCAUGUUUACGUUUAACUAAACGAGUAAAACAUCAAUACAAUAUUUUUGUUUGUAAUGUUUGUCGCAACUGUGUGCUUUUUGAGGUUAAAGGUACAAGGUGUCAUGUCUGUGUGACCAUGUUUUGUAUUAGUCAUGUUUUGUUUUGUUUAGUUAUUGGACUCUUUAGUUUCUGGCUUUUCACUCCCUUGUCUUGUUUCCAUGGUUACCCAUUAGUUUCUGUCAUGACUUGGUCCGGGGUGUGUGCUUUUCCAGGAUGCAACGGAAAGUUGGCUCGUGCGAGACGGGAAUGAAGUUUGUCUUUCUGGUGACAUCCCCACAUUUAUGCUUCUGCACACUCUCCACACCCUUAUGACCCUUGCUGCUCUUUUUUCAUGCCGGUUCCAUGCCAAGUAAGUUUUUGUUUAUUAAGCCACAGUUAAGUGUUUUUUGUUGUUGUUCAUAGUUUCUGCCUUUGUGCAAGUAUUUGUUUUCAUAGCCAAGUCGUUUCUCCGCCACUGUGCGCGGACUCAUUGUGCACUCUUGUUGUCACCAUAGCAACCCAUUAGUUUUCCCCUGUCACGUCACGCACCUGUUUCACGUUUUGAGUCACGCACCUGUUUUCGUUAAUCAUGUCUGUAGUAUUUAAGUUCAUUGUUUUCAGUUUGUCUUUCUGGUGACAUCCCCGCAUUUAUGCUUCUGCACACUCUCCACACCCUUAUGACCCUUGCAGCUCUUUUUUCAUGCCGGUUCCAUGCCAACGGUGUCCAACCUGGAUGAGGAGAGCAAGUGGACGGUUCACUACACAGCUCCAUGGCACCAGCAGGAGAACGUCUUCUUGCCGGGCUCCCGGCCGUCCUGCGUGGAGGACCUCCACCGCCAGGCCAAAGUCAACCUGAAGAGCGCUCUGCGAGAAUGUGACAAGCUGAGGAAAGAUGGUUUCCGCAGCUCCCAGUACUACUCGCAGGGGCCCACCUUCUCCGACCCUCUACAGUCCAGCAGCAGCCUUCAGGAUGAUGAGGAGGAGGAGGAGGAUGUUGAUAAAAAGUCCAUCGCUUCAUCGGCGGACGAUGACCAGUCUCAGCUCUCCAUGAGGUCCCAGACACCGCUGACGGGGAGCGAAAAGGGCGACGGUUCCGAGGCGGACGGCGGACAAGGUGUGCCGUCGACCAAAGCCGCGCACCUCCCGACACCCGAGGAGAGGAUGAGGCAGACGGCGCAGUCCGUGCCCACCGACAUCAUCGCCAUCAACGUCACAGGUGCAGUGUUUGACCGGCAGGCGAGCAUCCGGCGCUCCCUCGUUAACACUGACACCGUGUCCCGCCGGCCCAAGAAGGUCAAACGCAGAAAGACAAUAUCAGGGCUGCCUGACAACUUCGACCUGGAGCUAGCAGCACAAGGACGUGGCGGGGAACUACGACCACAUUCCAUGUUCAUCCCAGGACAGUACUCCACUCUGGGCCGGGUUGGGAGCGUCAACUCAACGCUCCGACGUUCCCAGACCCGGGAUUCAAGCUGCCAGACAGAAGUAGCGAAGGUUGUCCCGCCGUCCAUGAGGAGAAUUCGGGCUCAGAGAGGACAGGGUAUCGCUGCCCAGAUGGCCGGAAUUUCUGCUUCCUCUUCAACGGGAAGUAUAUCCAUCUCCAGCAAUGACAGCUCUGGGAUCGUGAUGCUGCCACAUCAGCGUAGCGGGGACCCAUCCAGAUUUCACAGUCUGCCCCGCCAGGGCGCUAGGGUGUCACUCAGCGCUGACCCCAUAUACAGCAGCACCCCCAUCAAGUCUGAAGAACGGAACACUCCCCAGAGGCAGAUUGGGAAACUCCAGGUCGACAAUACGGUGGUACAUAUGAGGAAUUCCCCCAGGACGGGCACCCUGCCUAGGCCCAAGUCUCAGGAGAUGAGGCGGACGCAGUCCAGUGACUGGGCCGGCAGUCUGGCCUGUGCGGUGUCACCGCAUGCCGCUUAUUCCACCUCAUUUAUCCCCAACGCCACCCUGCCCAGCUCAUCUGAGGUCAUCACUGUCAACACCUCUGGACAGCAUUCCCACUCGACAUCCUCAGUCUACCAAACAGCUCGGCCGCUCAGUCUGUCCUCUUAUGCUGAUCCCCUGACCUCCAGUCCAGCCGCUUUCACCCACAGCUCCACCUGUCCUGCCCUUGCCGCGUCCACUCCUGUCCACACGCCACUGGAACGGAGUCGGGUUGCAGCAGCACCCGCCAGCGAGUCAGGACAAUCAGACAACAGCCUGCACAGUCACAGCACCCUGGCACCGACGCCGCCCUCAUGCCAGCGGACAGAUGAGCAGUGGAUCUAUGACACCCCAGAAAACGUGGUCGUUGCCCACCGCACUUUGACCUCGAGCUCUUCCACGCCCAUCAACCAGCUGUACAACAGUCUGGAGGUGUCGUCCAAGACAACUACUGAUUCCAGCUCUCUCUAUUCCCAGGACAAUGACGGAUAUUACACCUCCAUGCACCUGGACUCGGGCCUGCGCUCACGCAGCCAUGGCAGCGGACACGGUGCGGGCGCAGGACGAGUCACCAGACACAGCAUGUACGAGUGCCGCGAGAUGGCCGAUCAGGAAGAGUACGGGAGCUUGUACAGCGAUCGCUCCCUAUCUCGCAGCAUCUCCCUCCGCAAGUCCAAGAAACCCCCGCUGCCCCCGGCUCGCACGGACUCCCUGAAGCGAAAACCUGGACCCAAAAAGCCCCUCGGAAGCGAGUCCAACAACGGCAUGCUGAAUGAGACUCUAAUUGCCACCCUGCAGCAGAGUCUCCAGAUGGGGUUGCGAUCCGGGACGGGAAAGGGCGUCUCCCCAUCUUCGCCCUCCCAAAGCCCCUGCAGCGACUACGAUGACCCCUGGGUGCUCCGUCCACGGAGUCACAGUACCAUUAGCACAGAGAGCUCUGCGACAUCACUAGCAACUAGUGCAAACGGCAUGGGCGUGUCCAAUGUUUACUCGCUAUGCCACGUGACUCCCACUCACAGUGACACCAGCAGCUUGCGUUCCGACUAUGCUGAUUCUUGGGGCUACUACAUGGAAUAUCCCCGUAACCACGGGGACCAGAGUGCACAGACCCCUGCGGCUCAUACAGCUAACACUUCAACCGGGCCUCCAGCAGCCAAAGAGCAGAAUGGAACUGAGAUUCAUGGCCCCCGUCAGGAACCAGGAGCUCCGGGCCAGGAAGAAAUAGUGGCAGUGAAGCCUAAAACCAGCACAUCCUCUCCAGAAAGAGUGCACAGACUCACCUCGCCAUCCAGUGGCUACUCAAGCCAGUCCAACACCCCCACAGCUGGAACACCGGUACCGUCUGGCAUUCGGUCCAUGUCUCCCUCUGGAAGUCGACCCAAGCCUAAAGUUCCUGAGAGGAAAUCUUCUCUCAUCUCAUCUUCAUCCUCCACCUCCCUUUCCUCUAACACCUCAGACUCUCUCAAGAGCUGCGGGCCUACUGCGCCACCACCUGUGCCUGUGACCUCGUCAUCAGCUCCAAACACCCCCCUCAGCCCACCACCGGCAUUCCCUCCUUCGAAUGUACAUUCCCCUGCUUUUCCUCCGCCAGCACCAACAUCGCCUCGCACGCCGCAGGCUGAAACGCUGAGCCCCCUCCCGGGUUGGUCUACUACGCCAGAAUUCCCACCUCCUCCCUCCCCCGAAACCUUAAUUCACCCCAGUGUGUCGCUCAAUGGGAGCUUUAGUCCUCCGCCCCCGCCUCCUGUGUCCCUCCCGGGGCUGCCACCACCUCCUCCACUGCCUGCUGUUGUCUUCUACUCUUCCUCCCCAUCCGCUGCCAAGGAAGCGCCUAAAGCUGCCGUUCCAAACAGUCCCACAAAGUCUCCCAUGCCGCUCGUUACACCUUUUGCUUUGCAGAGCGUUCAGCUGCGAUCAGUCAAGCGACCGGAGAAGGAGACUGACAACGACCCGGAGCCAUACAAAGACUUUCUUAUGGGCCUGCAGCCCUACAACCUGGACAAGUCUCAGCCCCAGGAGCUGAUGAACUUCUUCUCAGACCACAAGCAGUCGCCCUCGCCUGUAUCAGACCUUAUGGAAAGGUUGUCGAUAGACUGCAGUAGCUCACGUGACACACCUGAUUGUCGUGAACCUGAAGAAAGCUGCUUUCUUCUCAACGGUAUAGAAGAAGACGACGGGCAGAAAGUAUUGCAGAGUCCCUUUCCUGUCAAACAGAAGCCUCCCAUCAUCUCCAAGAAACCCAAAUUAUUUUUUGUCCCGCCGCCAAGCCCUCAGCCAAUCCAAGCUAAAGACAAAGAGGACGAAGAAAGUUUGGAGAGCGCUGAGCCCCGAGAAGAGAGCACCAACACAUCCGCAGACGUCCAGGAUGAAUCUCAUAUCUCUACUGGCCAGAACGUCAGCCCGGACCAAGAGUUCCGCCAGAACGGAGAGGCCCCCGAUGACGACGCGGAUGAGACGAGUAGUUCUGCGGGGUCCACCAGCUCCAGUGUUGACGAUGCAGGUGACGUGUUUGACUCCAACACAGCCGAGUCAUCUCCCAACGGGACGCCGGCGGAGACCAUGGUGACCCCGACUCCCACGCCGACCCGGACCACGGAGGACCUCUUUGCCGUAAUCCACAGGUCCAAGCGGAAGGUCCUGGGUCGCAAGGAGUCUGAGGAGGAGAAGAGUCCUGUGGGAGGUCAGAGUUCGCCCCCCCCGAUGGCGCCCACCAACGUGUCCGUGGUGUGUCGCCAGACCAGCUCCAUCCAGACCAGCUCCAUCCAGACCAGCUCCAUCCAGACCAGCUCCAUCCAGCGCCACCUGCGCAGGUCCACCACCAGCAGCGACACCUUCAAGGCUCUCCUCCUCAAGAAGGGCAGCCGCUCAGAGUCCAGCUUCCGCAUGUCCGCCGCCGAGAUGCUGCGCUCCACGGACCCACGCUCACAGCGCUCACAGCGCUCACGCUCCGAGUCGGCGUUGGACUCCCCGUCCUCGCCACGGAGCCCCUGCGCCUCCCCCGGCCGCAGCCAGAGGGCGGCGGAGGAGUGGCACCGCUACGAGGCCCCGCCUCUCUAUUCGCCGCCGCCCUCCGCCUUCCCGACGGGCGGCGGCAAGUACGGACGCUCGCGCACGCCGCCCUCGGCCGCCAGCAGCAAGUACAACGCCCGCUGUCGCAUCCUCAGCAGCCCCAUGACGGUCAUCUGCGAGCGCGAGGGCGAGCUGGCGGAGGGCGAGUGCGGCGAGGCGGCGGAGAGCCUCAAAGCCUCCAACGGCACUUUAUCAGGGCGGCCAUGAACGAAGCAAUCAGGUUACCAGGAGGCGGAGUCAGCAGCAGACCCCGCCCCCUUCAGGCAAGGACUUCCUGAUUUUUUUUAUUACUUUCCAUUCCUGUCACAACUGUCAAUCAUCCAUCAGCUGUAAAUGUUCCACCUCCAAUGUCUUUGUUUCACCCACCUGCUCGUCUCCCAGCGGUCGCCGUGGUUACCAAAGAGCCAAAACAGCGCAACUUUAAAAAGCGGGACUUGAACGCCACACGAGAGUUUGCCCGAGCCGCUUCUUUAAUGACCUUCAAAGUUUAUCCGAAUACAGUUUUUAUAUUUGUUGUGUAUGUAAAUAAAUAGAAAAGGAAUGUUUUAAGUCA